AUGUUGACAAAAUAUUUAACAUCUUCAAAUUCAUAUAAUUUAAUAAAAUAUUUAUCAAAAAUUGGAGUUUUUGCAAAACUAAGCGAAUCAAAAUCAAUUGAGACAAGUUGGGAAAAUUUAAUGAAUAAUGCAAAAAAAGUAAGCGAUACAAAUACAUAUAAUAAAAUAAAAGAUAUAGAUUGGGAUUAUUGGGAAUUAAAUAUUCAGAAUAAGGUAUUACUUGAACCAAUAAAAUCUACAUAUAUACAUGAGACAUUAAAAAUAUGUAAUAUUUUAGAUGAAAUAGAUAAAAUUUAUACUAAUAAAGAAAAUAAAUUAAUUAAAGAUGAAAGGAUAAAAGAAUAUAAAGGGAUUUGGAAGUUAUAUAAUAUAUGUAUUGAAAAAUGUAAAAAUAGUGUAAUGAAAUCUAAAGAAAUAUUAGAAUUAGGAAUUCAAUCAUUAUGGAUGAUGGAUAAUCAAGAUAUUCAAGAUGAAUUAUCUGACAAUAAAUUUCUUGAAAUAGAUAAUUAUUGGAGAAAUUAUGUUUAUCAAAUGAGUGUAUCAGAUCCAGAAUUAUAUCAAGGUUUUGAUCCUUUAAGCAAUGAAGGAAUUCAGGAAUAUAAUACAAGGGUUGAAAAUUUUAUAGAUAGAAUGAAUAAAAGAGAUCUUAUGAAUCCAAGAUCAAAAAAUAUUGAACAAUAUUCAUCUUCAGAAUAUUAUGAUAUAUAUAGACAAGCUUUUCUUGAGCAUAUGUUAUAUUAUUUAAUACGUACUGGAGAUUCAUAUAGAAUAUUUCCAGAAAUACCACCAUGGGAAUGGUUAGUUGAUAUUGAAAAAUUACGUUAUUAUUAUAUUCAAGUUGCUCAACCUCGUAGAAGAUCUAAACAAUUAGAAAAAUAUUUGUUAUUUUUACCUUUAGAAUAUACCCCUUCAAAUUUACUUGAAGGUGAAGAAUAUUAUCAAAAAUUAUUUAAUUAUGAAUUUAAAACAACUUAUACAAUAUUUUCAAGAUUAAUGGCAUCUUAUAUGUUAUUUGUUGAACCAUAUAUUCCAGUUCAAACAAAUUCAGCUAUGUAUAGAGCUUUAUUAAUUGAUAAUGGAAAAGGACAAUUUUUUUCUUUUGGUGAUGAUAUUAAUUGUUUAUAUUAUCUCCCAAAUAGGAAUCCAGAUUUAAGAGAUAAAUUAGAAGAAAAUAAUAUAGAAUUUAAUAAAGAGAAUAUAGAUAUGAAUAUUAAUAAAAAUAAUAUAAGUAAGUUAUUUAGUAAUUUAUCUAUAUUUUAUAAAGAUGAUAUGUCCCCAAAAUCUUGUUGGGAUACAUGGUAUACUUAUUUAAAUAUUACUGGUCGUAAAUUAAAACCUGAAUAUGUAGCAAUUAAUGAGAUAUUUCUUAAUAUAUUAGAAAAACGAGGUUGUGAUUGGUUUAAAAUGAAGAAUGAAACAAUAUCUAAUGCAUUUCUAAGAAGAUUUGAAGAAACUACUACAAAAUGUAAUCAAUUAUGUGAAAUUAUAAAUGAUUAUUUAGAAGAUAUAAAAUCUAGGAUACAAAAAAAAGUUUUUAUAGAAUGGAAGGAUAUUCCAAGAAAAAUCAAUGAAAUAGAAGAGAAUUAUAUUCAGGAGAUUCAUUUAUAUAAAGAUUAUAUUUCAAGAAAUGAUAAAGUAAUAGGAUCUCAAGAAAGUCAAGAUAAAACUGAAUUAUUUUUUUCUGUAUUAAAUAAUGAAAAAAAAUUACUUGAAUUUUUGGGAAAUCAAGAUUUUAUAGUAAUAGAUGAAAAUAAAUCAAUUUGUAAUUCUCCUGAAUAUAUUAAAAGUAAGAUAAAUGGUUAA